AUGGAUACGGUUUCCACCUUCGCCAAGACUCUGUCGUCAGACAGUUCGCUGGCCCACGCCGGGGUUUCUUCCGAGGUGAUCGUGUGUGCCUCCUCGGUCGCGAUGGCCCUCACCUUCGAUGCCGGUGGAGAGGAGCGACAGGAAAACUUUUGGGUAGGCGACUUGACCAAGGACGAGGCCCAGAAAUUGCUGGGGCUCCACGGGCAGGAGGAUAGAAAGGACGAAUUCCUUGAUGCUUGCCCCUGCGCUGCAUUGUUUGCUUUGUUUUGUCGUGAGACACACCAUGCGCUGAGUGGGCAGCCCUUGAAUCCUUUAGGCGGCUACCGCGCGAUGGAUCUGGCAAGCACCUGCGAGCGCUACGCCAAGGUUGGGGCGCAGGCCCUCAAGGCCAAGAAGGCCGACAUGAAGAAGAAUGCCUACAACGAUGUGGAGAUUUUUUUGAGGGAUUGCAAGUUCCAGACGGUAGAUGGCAUCACGACGGCUGGCAAAAACAUCUUGAAUGCACUGCUGUCCCAAAAGAGUGCGGGCGGUCCUUCUGUUGGCGAGUUCGCAGGCGGUAGUGGUGUGUUGGCCCGGGAUGUUGCGAUGUGGAUGCGCGAGAAAGGUCGUCACCCCGUGAUCUGGCACACAAAGGACCGGGAGUACCAAUUCGCAUCGGAGCUGCACGCGAAUGCAGCAACCGAGAUUUUGAAGCGCACCUCCCAGUCGACGCCACGACUGUCUGGAAAGAAGGGCGCCCCGCCGAAGCAGCUGCAGCCAGGGCCCCAAAGCGGAAGUUUGCUUCACGUUGGACGCAAGUUGUUCCCCAAAUGCUUUUUCGGUUCUGAAUGCUUUGGAGCAGUCAAGUGCGGUUCCCAAAAUCUUUGGCGCUUCCUAAAUGCUUUUGAGCAGUCAAGCACUAAGCGCUUCUAUACGUCCCGAAUGCUUGCGUUGCGCAUGUCCACAGUUCUGAAUACUUUCUCGGCCGCCAUGGCCCUGAGCUUUGAUGCCGGCGGCGACCAACGUCAGAAGAACUAUUGGGUGGAGGACCUUACUGAUGACGAAGCCAAGGAGUUUCUGGCCCUCCGCGGGCACCGGGAGGAUUGGGAGCAAUUCGCACAAGCCUGCGACUACCGUGCUGUGGAUUUGGACUUAACCUGUGGAGACUACAAGGGGCCGGCGACGCUGGCGGCCAAAAAGGAGGAGAUGAAGGCGAAGGCCGCCAUUGAGGUACAGCGCUUCCUUGACAGCUGCACGAUCAAAGACACCGCUGCUGGUCGGAAGAUUUUGGAAGCCCUGAUGACCGACCGCAACUCAAGUCCUGGCGAGGGCGUUGACGAGUUGAGCGCUGGCAGCGCCGUGCAGCCAAGAGAUGUCGCACUGUGGAUCCGCGACAACAAGGUCCACCCGGCCGCGCCGAGCGCCAUCAGCAGCCGUAGCUGA